AUGUCGGACUCGCAGGUGGAGGGCGCCGCCUCGACCUCGGGGCUGGGGAGUGGCAAGAGGAGGUGGACCGAGCUGCUGGCGGGAAGGGUCAAGAGGCAAAUGUGCGGUCCUGGAACAGAGCAGAAGUUACAGGAAUCCGCUGUGCACCUCCUGAGACGCCACCUAAACUUGAAUGACCUUCUGCUCGAGGUAGAAGGUGCACCACGUAAGACACUGUGUCUCAAUCAGCUGAUUGAUCCUGAGGCCUGUACUAAUCUUUCUAGUUCACUCAUAGGCUCUGCUUUGCGGGAUCAAGCUUCAAGGCUGGGUGUCCCUGUGGCAGUGCUGUCCAGCCGGUUGGUGGCCUCCAGCAUCACGCAGAUCUGUGUGUCUGAUGGCGAGCCCUCGCACAGGGUGCUGCUGAGCGCAGAGCAAAGGAAGAAACUGUCUUCCUUGUUGGAGGUGGCUCAGUAUUUACUGGCACACAGUAUGUUCUCCCGAUUCUCCUUGUGUCAGGAACUGUGGGAAGUACAGGGUUCUUUGUUGCUUGAGGUCGUGUGGCAGCUUCACAUACAAAACGUUGUGAGCUUCCAAGAGCUGCUGGAAAGUCAUGCUGACACGCAGGCCACAGUGGCGUGGCUCUUUAGGAACCUGUGCCUUCUGUGUGAGGAAAUGGAAGCAUCUCCGUACAAUGACAUCGCCAGUGCUAUGCUUUCUGAUCUUGUGCAAAUGUUUGUUUUGAGAGGAUUUCAGAAAAACUCGGAUCUCAGAAGAAAUGUGGAGCCUGAACAGAUGGGCCAGCUUGCAUUUGUUGUACUUCAGAGAAUGCUGAUCUUCGCUCUCGAGGCUUUGGCCGCUGGCAUGCAGGAUGGGUCCCCACAGCACAAGGUGGUGAAGUGCUGGUUCGGCGUGUUCUGUGGACACACAUAUGACAGAAUGAUUUCGACAGAUUCUCCUAAGAGAUUUUUCAGUCAUACUCUGACUCAGGUGCUAACCCACAAGCCUGUGCUGAGAGUUUCUGAUGCUGUUCAGAUGCAGAAAGAGUGGAGCUUUGCGAAGACCCACCCUCUGCUCACCGGCCUGUACCGCAGGCUCUUCACGAUGCUAAGUCCAGAGGAGCUAGUUGGCCAUUUGCAGGAAGUUCUGGAAACACACGAGGUGAACUGGCAGCAUGUGCUCUCCUGCGUGUCCACACUGGUGAUCUGCUUACCCGAGGCGCAGCAGCUGGUUAAAGAUUGGGUGGCCCGAUUGCUGACCCGUGCGUUCGAGAACUGCGACCUGGACAGCAUGGUCACUGCGUUCCUGGUUGUGCGUCAGGCUGCGCUGGAGGGCCCAUCUGUGUUCCCGUCCUAUGCAGACUGGUUCCAGGCCUCCUUUGGGAGCUCAAGGGGCUCCCACUGUUGCAGCAAGAAGACGCUGGUCUUCCUCUUCAAGUUCCUGUCAGACCUCGUGCCCUUUGAGGCGCCCCGGUACAUGCAGGCACACAUUCUCCACCCACCGCUGGUGCCAAGCAAGUACCGCUCCCUCCUCACAGACUAUGUCACGCUGGCCAAGACGCGCCUGGCCGACCUGAAGGUUUCUCUGGAAAACAUGGGCCUCUACGAAGAUCUGUCUUCAGCCAGGGAUGUGACAGAGCCCCACAGCCAAGCGCACCAGGAUGUGGAGAAGGCCAUCGCAGUGUUUGAACACACAGGGAGAAUCCCCUCUGCGGUCAUGGAGGCCAGCAUCUUCAGGAGACCCUACUACACGGCUCACUUUCUCCCUGCCCUCCUCACGCCUCGAGUGCUCCCGAAAACGCCUGAUCCCAGAGCGGCCUUGAUCGAGUCCCUGAGGAGAGCAGAUAAAAUUCCCCUGUCUCUGUACUCCGCCUACUGCCAGGCCUGCUCCACUGCCGAAGAGAAGAAGCCAGAAAGUGCAGCCCCGGGAAUGAAGGUGGAAGCUGUCUGUGCCGAGGGACCCUUGGGACCACUCGCAGCCGCGCUAAGAGAGCUCAGAGCCGCGAUGACGGACCCCACGCAGUAUGACGUUGUGGCUGCUCGGGUGGCAGUUGUUUCUGAGCGGCUCGGCGCCGCCUUGGGCCGCGCUGAGGAGGACGGCAGCUCUGGGGGAUCGCAGAUUCAGCUCAGCGUCCUCACGCCAGGCCUGGAGCAGCAGGAACGGGAGGUCGCGGACCUCCUGCUGACGUGUUUUUGUCAGAACCUGAUCGUAGCUUCCAGCUUCGCCUCGCCAGACAGGCAGGGCCCCUGGGCUUCUCGCUUAGUGAUGGCCAUGUGUGGACGCAGGCUCCUUCCUGUCGUGCUCACCAGGCUCUGCCAGCUGCUCCGUCACCAGGGCCCAAGCCUGAGUGCCUCCCACGUGCUGGGGUUGGCCGCCCUGGUCGUCCACCUGGCCGAGUCCAGGUCUGUGCUCCCAGAGGUGCGUGUGGGCCUCCCUGCCCCCGCCGAGGGCCUGUCCGUCGCAGAGUUCUUCAGUAGCCUCCUGACGUUCAGGACCUCGGAGACCUCGCUCUUCUGCCUGAAGUGAGCUGCCCUCACAUCCGCUGUUCUUACAUUGUAUUUAUGUGUCUAUUGUGACCUGAGCCGAGAUCAACGAUGCGGCAGCUUGGAGCCCGCACUUCUGCCUCAGUUUCAGUUCAUUAUACUGAGACUGUUCCCAGAAGCCCGAGAUCCCCUCUGUCCGGAGGACACAGCCGACCCUCCCUGGAGGCCCUUGUGCCGGCCCUCUGCAGACUGGCAGCAAGCUGCCCUCUGUCUGUGGAAACAGAGAACCUUCCAGGAACUGUUGAAGGAGAAAGAAUUUCACUUAACUUACAGAGACUGGUUACGGCUGGAACUAGAAAUUCAACCUGAGGUCGACUGUCUUUCAGAUACAGAAAGGUGGGACUUCCAGCAGUGGGCGAUCCAUGAGUACUUCCUCCCCAAGCCCUCGGCUGCGGGCGGCUGCGACGGGGACCUGCAGGUGGCGUGCGCAGUUCUUGUCGACGUGCUGAUAGACUUCCGCCAGAGUUCGAGGAGUUACAACUACUCAGAGAAUUCUGAUUUGGUUCUUAGUGGCUGCCCAGGAAAUCGGGAUAUUUUUUCCAGAUUGCAGGAGAUGGCUGCCGGCCUGGAGCAGGGCCCGGGGGCACCCCGCAGUUGCUCUCCUCCUCAGGGGCACUUCCUUUUCGGAGUUUUCCGCAGACGGCUCCAGGCGCUGGCAAGCGGGUGGGAUGUGGCCGCCCGCCUUCGGAGACAGCGGGAGCUGCUUGUGUACAAAUGGAUCCUCCUUGGUCUGCCCCCGUCUGUUGUCGUCGGCCGCCCCCAGGCCGGCCGGCCAGCCGCCCCUGACUGCACCGAGUUCUUCCACUUGGUCAACUCUGAGCUGAGAAACUUCUCCCAUGGAAGCGCACUGACCCACGACCUCACAGUCCACUUCUUCAGGGGGCUCCUCAGUGCCUGUUCACAAAGUGGAGACCCCUCCCUGACAGCAGACCUGGUCCUGACCGCGUGCCAGACUGAGUGCCCCCUAGUCCUGACCUCUGCACUGUUGUGGUGGCCACGUCUGGAGCCCGAACUCCGUAGUCGGUGGAGGAGAUGCCUCCAGGGCCCACUGCCCCAGGAGCUGCAGAGACUGUGGGAGGCCCAGCGGUUUGGCAGGAGCUGCCUCCUCCCUGACACGGCAUCCCCUGCGCCUGGCCCGGCCUGGCUCUCUGCUGCCGCACUUUACUUCGAAAUCCAGCGAGCCGGGAAAGACAGCGUCAAGAGCCAGCUGGAGAGGCUGGGCUGCCAAGGAGAGGAGCUGCUGGUGUUCCUGUUUUUCUUUUCCUUAAUGGGCCUGCUUUCAUCACAUCUGACCCCACACGGAAGACCUCGUCAGGCUGUUGACACCCCGAAGGCUUUGGACAUUUGUGCUGAGAUUCUGGGGUGUUUGGAGAAGAGGAGGGUAUCCUGGCUGGUGCUCUUUCAGUUGACAGAGACAGGUGGCGGCCUGGGCCACGUCCUCCUCCGCCUGGCCCCAGAUCAGUAUGUCAGACUGCUGCCGUUCGCCUUCUACAGCCUUCUCUCCUACUUUGACGAAGACGCCCUCACCAGGGAGGAUGCCUUCCUGCACGUUGCCGUCGACAUGUACCUAAAGCUGAUCCGUCUCUUCGUGGCCGGGGAAACCAGUGCACUCUCCACCGUAGCCAGCAGGAGCCGGGAGCGCCGGGGCCAGGGUGACCCUGUCGGCUUGAUAACAGAAGCUCGUCGUUUUCUGCUGCGGUCAAUACCUAGAUGCCCAAAAGAGAGCUUCUCAAACGUGGCCGAGGUAACACGCAGACGCUCACUCUGGUGUGUGUGUCGAAGAGCAAACGAGAGUGCUGUAGAUACAGCACUUCCAUUAAGAGGACAACCCGGGGGUGCGGCACUUGCACUGUGGCCACUUACCUGCUGGGCUGUGGUUGCUAGCUUCCCUGUCCCCAGGCCCCGGGUGUCUGGGGGCUGCACUCGGCUGAGCACAGUCGGUUUCUUGCAGCUGCUGGCCACCAGUGCGGACUGUGACCCGGACGUGAGGGCCGCCCUCCUGAGCAGACAGCAGGCCGGGCCGGAUGCCGACCUCUACCGGGAGCCCCGGCUCUUCUGA